UGUCUGUUUGGCUCAUCUGGCAAGGCCGUGAGUUUGGAUGAUUCGAACCUCUCCCGAUCUUGGGUUCUCAGUUGAAAUCAAUCCAUUUGUGCGCAUGAGCUCCAUAAUUUCUUCCCUCCUCCACCAUACCUCCCUUAAAUCUGGUGUUUGAUUUCUGUAAACUUGGCCAAACUCUACAUUUUUUUCCCACUCACUGCUCGCUUGAAGGAUCCUACUCCUCUCGUAGUUGUCUGAAGCUAUUUCCAUGGAUUCCCAUAAUUCUUAAUUAGGAAUAUUCCAGGCACAAGUAUUCAUUCCGAACUAAAUCUGUCUCUGGGCAUCAUCCUCCAUCCUCACCGGGUGUCUGGGAGAUUUUUAUGAUGGGCGAUCGAAGAAGACACAGAAUUCUGAUGGUCUCUGAUUUUUUCUAUCCCAACUUUGGCGGUGUGGAAAGUCACAUCUAUUAUCUCUCGCAAUGUCUGUUGAAACUGGGUCACAAGGUUGUGGUGAUGACUCAUGCUUAUGGAAAUCGUACCGGUGUGAGAUACAUGACGGGAGGCCUAAAAGUGUAUUAUGUACCAUGGAAACCAUUUCUAAUGCAAAAUACAUUGCCAACCUUCUACGGGACACUUUCAAUCGUCAGGACAAUCCUUAUUCGAGAAAAAAUUACGUUAGUGCAUGGACACCAGGCGUUUUCAACUCUUUCUCACGAAGCUUUGAUGCAUGCAAGGACCAUGGGAUACAAGGUUGUAUUUACUGAUCAUUCUCUCUAUGGUUUUGCUGAUGUGGGAAGCAUCCAUAUGAACAAAGUAUUGCAAUUUACGUUAGCAGAUGUUACUGAGGCUAUAUGUGUUUCACAUACUAGUAAGGAAAACACAGUUCUACGAUCAGGUUUGCCACCAGAAAAAGUUUUUGUAGUACCUAAUGCUGUUGAUACUGCUAUGUUUAAGCCUGCUUCAAACCGACUCAGUACAAACGAGAUUAUCAUUGUGGUUAUAAGUCGAUUGGUUUAUCGCAAAGGGGCAGAUUUGCUUGUUGAAGUCAUUCCUGAAGUCUGUCGGAUGUUUGCAAAUGUACGAUUCAUUAUUGGAGGAGAUGGACCGAAGCGUGUGCGGCUAGAAGAGAUGAGGGAAAAGCAUGGUCUUCAAGAUCGGGUUGAGAUGUUGGGAGCUGUUCCACAUGCUCGAGUUCGAUCAGUUCUUAUAUCUGGCCAUAUAUUUCUAAAUAGUUCUUUAACAGAAGCUUUUUGCAUAGCCAUAUUAGAGGCUGCUAGUUGUGGAUUAUUAACAGUUAGUACGCGUGUUGGAGGCGUGCCAGAGGUUCUACCAGAUGACAUGGUUGUACUUGCAGAACCAGAUCCUGGUGAUAUGGUCCAGGCUAUAAAGAAGGCGAUUUUCUUACUUCCUCUGAUUCACCCACAAGAAAUGCAUGAUCGUAUGAAGAAAUUGUAUGAUUGGCAUGAUGUUGCAAGAAGGACAGUUAUUGUUUAUGACUAUGCUCUGAGAAGCACGGAUCAAAAUCUUCUUGAACGACUCUCCAGGUAUCUCUCAUGUGGGUCAUGGGCAGGAAAGCUUUUUUGCGUGGUUAUGAUCAUCGACUUCUUAAUAUGGUAUCUUUUGAAACUGUGGCAGCCUGAUGAGAAUAUUGAGGUGGUGCCUGAUAUUACAUUAACGUGCAAUCAAGAUCAGGGGCCAAUGGAGGACAUGGACAAAAAAAAGGCUUGAAAUGACAGUGAGUGCUUUUUGAGGCAUAUUAUGCGGUCAAAUUCCGCGAUCUCAUUCCUACACAAUCUUCUUACUCUUGUCCUUCAUUGAGUGAAGGGUUCAGAAACGUUUUUUUCAUGGAAAAAAGGUACUCUUCCCUAACGAAUGGUAGGUUGACACCUAGUCGAUAGGUUUCAAGUGGACUUUUGAUCUACUUCCUUUUAUAAUUUUAAGGAUAGGAAAGAUCAUGAGUAAUUUUCUAUAAGAGAGUGGGAGAUCUCAUUUGAACAUAGGGAGGUAGUUUCGAGAUCGUUCGAGUUAGUUUGGGCAUAGGUAACACGGUUUGCCAGUCUUUUGGAGACUGGUGCUUUGUGUCAGAUUCGGUGGGUCUCAAUUUGUGGGGUUUAAAGACAGUUUUAGAAACUCUUGGAAUACGCUAGGAAUUUUCAUUUGUUGACUCCUAACCCUUCAUAAGGGGUAUUUUUUCUCUCUUAUGUGACACACUCUUCCAUUUUCCUUUUUAUUUUUCAUGCUUUUGAAGGCUAGAAUCUUUUAUGGGGUCAAAUCUUUCAUUGGAAGAUUAAUACUAUUUGACUUUAUACCACUUUUUUUUUUGUGUUGUUGGGGCCUCAAUGGCGCAUCCUAUAUUGUGGAGGUUUUUCCGCUGCUUCAAGACAUGGAAGAGACUUGUCCUUGUGCAACAUUUCUUUUUACUAUUUUAUGAAAUAUUUUGUUUUAGAGGAACAAUAGGAUUUUGAGAGUCCUCGAGUAGAGGUGUGAUUUAUGAUUAAGUUCCACAUCUCACGAAAGAGUUUUGUAGUUAUCUUCUCUCUUAUUCUCGACCUCUAGAGUCGAUUUCUUUUUGUAAUUUCUAUAUUUUAGUUUUGGUUUUCUUCCUUUGUAGUGUUAACAAUACUCGAGAAGUUCAAUGUUUCCAAAGUUAGAGAGAAAAGAUGAAAUAAAUGCUGAGUUGUGCAUUGAAA